UUUGUUUGGCUAGCGGAUAUGGCCACAGCUCUUGCCUCGCAACACCAAUGUACCUCUCAAAGUGUGGGAGUUAUGAAUACCAUGGUCUCAAUGCUGACGGAAUAUUUGCUGGCGGCCCAAUGCAAUAUAUCUCGAGCGGAAGAUUAUCCUAGCGACUAUGCUGAGGAGGCCUUGCGGCAUGGUUUGGAUACCUAUGAUUUUGUGGUUGUUGGAGCCGGCUCAGCAGGAUCCGUGGUGGCCAGUCGCCUAAGUGAAAAUCGCAAGUGGAAAAUUCUGGUCUUGGAGGCUGGUGAUAAUCCUCCACAAGAAUCGGAGGUAGGUGGCUGGUCUAACAGGUUGACGAAAUGGAAUUUUAAGUAAUUUUCUCUUAGGUCCCUGCCAUGUCCAUGGCCAUACCCCAUAGCCGUUAUGUUUAUGAUUAUUAUACGGAGCC